UCGUGGCUGUGCGCACGUAUUGAACCGCGAUCCGCGUGUGGCUUCCUGUCCCGUGCCAGUGCUGCUGAUAGUGAAUAACAAGCCUGCAUUUCAAAUCAGCAUAACGUUCUGUGUACCACCAGUGCUCGCAAGUGUGUGAUUUCCGUUGUUUUCCGACGAUCUCCGUUACAUCCGGAGUUGCACAACGUGUUCUUUCAUCUUGGUUGCGCCCGCUACGGCCAGCCAGUGCUGAGGUAAAAUGUGCCGUGAACAGUGGGUUUUAUAAAGAAGAAUCGAUCAGUGUCAGCAAUUUCCGCCGGAAAGCGGACUGCGUUAUGAAAUCGAACAUGCGAAUCUACAUGAGUUUUGUUCUGGUGUUGUUCGCCGUUUCCUGUGCAAUUGUGGCAGGCGAAUCGAGCGGUCCAGCUGAUAAGGAUGAACUGUUGGACCGUGUAACGACGGAAAAACUACCACGACAACUCACAACAAACGAUGACGCCGAAGAUUCCGAUCCGUUCCGUGUGACCCCCGGAGUCAGUCGGCUGGGGCGGGACGAUCGCACCGUGAUCGAUACGAGGCCGCGUAUCAGCGCAAUGAGGGACACACCAUUCAUUGAUGCUGAUAGCAGCAUAAGCGGCUACCACACCAUCAGUGAAGAGCUGCUCGAAGCCGAUCAGUUGCUUACCGUCGACGGUAGCGCCUCUGCAGCGACGCUACCGGAGUCAAAGGUCACAACCGGCGAUAGUAGGUCGGUGGUGUGGGAUGCGAAAGAUAGUGAUGACGAUGGACAAGGGAUUCACGCGGAUCAGAUCGAACUCGAUGACGUCACGGAUGGUAGUGGUCAGGAUGAAGCGCUCCCUCAGGCAGACGACCCAUCAUUGUUUGAUCAGGAGCUCGUCGGUAUUUUGCAGAAGCGCCCGGAAUCGCGUGAAUUCCUCGAAUCGUUGGGAUUAUCGGCCAAACCGAGUAACACCCAUCCUGAUCCGAGUAAUCCACAAGCUCUGAAGGAGCAUCUGAAAGAACUGCUGACACGGCCGGUAAGCGAGCGGAAGUAUCAUAAACUACUUCCUACACUGCCGGAGGAAGUGGAAGCUGAUCCAAUGCUACAGCCACUCCAGAGUGUACCAACCCUACCAACCCGUCCAACUCCACUACCCCGGCCGACCCCCUCGAGUGAUCAACGUCCGGCAAGUGUACUGUUGCCCGAUCUGCAGCGAACUCUCGCGACCCAGCGCGAAUCCUUUCUUCCGCCAAAGGAAGGACAACGUAGCCUUGUGAUCGUGUUCGAUGCGACUGGUUCGAUGGUGGACGAUUUGCAGCAGCUACGGGAUGCGGCUAGGCUAAUCAUUGCGGAGAUCACGCAACGGGAGACGAACCCGAUCUUCAAUUAUGUCUUUGUCCCAUUCCGUGAUCCACACGUUGGCCCGAAGCUGGUGACACGCAACCAGGACGAACUGCUGGCCGCUCUCGAUCAACUGCAAAUCGUUGGUGGUGGUGAUUGUCCGGAGGCGGCCCUGGAGGCUUUGGCCGGUGCGAUCGAGCUAGCAAUUCCGCGUUCAUUCGUGUACGUGUUUACCGAUGCGACGGCCAAGGACUUUCGACUGGACAAGCGUGUUCUGCAGUUGGUGCAGCGUAAGCAAACGCCCAUCACCUUCCUGCUGACGGGAUUCUGUGAUGGCAAGAACACUCCAGGGUACCAGGUGAUGAGUAACAUUGCUGCCGCCAGUAAUGGGCAGGUGUUUGAUCUACGGAAAGAUCAGAUCGAGCAGGUUCUGCUUGCCAUCCGCAACACCAUGGACACUGAUCAUGUACCGCUGAAGGCCAUCGAUUCGGGGGCUCCAAAGGCACACGAUAUCGAUCUGAACGUCGAUAGUACCCUGAAGGAGUUUAGUGUCAGUGUGGCCGGAGCGAAACCGACGAUCGAGAUCCUGGAUCCCGACCUAGAGCCGUACAAUCGAUCUCGAGAAGUGCUGAGUUUGGAUAAUAUACGUGUCGUUAAUGUGGCCGAUCCUGCACCGGGCAAGUGGAAUAUCAAAGCAUCUUCAGACUCAUCGCACUCGGUGCGGUUAUCCGGGCUCAGUGAUGUGCAGUUCAAGUUUGGAUUCUCGCUCACCGAACCAACAUCCGACCGUGUCCUUUCGCCUCAGCCUGUGCUGGACGAGAAGAACUACCUAGCAGUGCAACCUUCCGAUCCAACGUUGAUUCGUGUUCUGGAAUCCGUUACGAUCACUUCACACAAUCCGGACGUUGGCGGCAAUGGAGGUGAAGCCGUGUUUCAGUUCAGCCUACCACUUCAACAAGUGCCCGAUUCCGGUGGUCUUUACCGUACCAAAGCGUUCGAUAGUCCGCGGCAACCGUUUAAGCUGACGAUCAACGGAAGAAACAUCCACAACGAACCAAUGCAGCGUCUUUUCUCGACCGCCAUUCAAGCCACACGGCCAGCAGCACCCGAGGUAUCCGUUGGCUACGCAACUCGUGUGGAGCUGACGGAAGGUGACGAUUACCUGCUGGAAUGUCACGUCUACUCGGCCUCACCGUCCGUGGCCAGCUGGCAGUGGAACAAGAUCACCGUUCUGCAGCAGCAGUUCAAUCAAUCGGAUAUCCUGCAAUUUGGGCUGAGAAGCGUGGAUCUCAAACAUGCCGGCAACUACUCCUGUUUGGCUCACAACGAUCUGGGUCAGGGUGAGAAAUUGGUUAUGGUAAAAGUGAAACCACGAUACAGGCCAACGAUUCGAUUGCUUCCGAAGUACACGCUUGCCGUCGAACGUGAACCUUUCAUCGCCUUAAGAUGUAUCGUGGACCAGUCCGCCGACACGACCGGACUUCACUGGACGCUGAACGGUUCUCCCUUACUGAUGGCCGAAGACAAAUCGUACCUAGAACUAAUCGACAUCACUACAGAGCAUGCCGGUAACUACACAUGCCAUACCGACUUCCUAGGUGAACGGAUUACCAGCGAGAAUAGUACAAUCAUUGUGGAGUAUGCGCCCAAACCAAUCGGUCCUCCCAGUCAGGAGGUAAUGCGCGAGUACGGCGAGUGGAUAGAGCUGCAGUGUAAUAUGGAUGGUUUACCGGCACCCCAUUUUCAAUGGUACUAUGAAACUUUGGAUCAAUCCGGGGAACAACAACCCCUUUCAGACACUGUGCCGACGUUGGCGUUCACGAUGACCCCCCGGAUGGAGGGCGUGUAUACGUGCGAGGGUCGUAAUGCGUAUGGAUUUAGCCAACAAACGUUUGUGCUGCAAGGUGCAGCGAAUGAGGCACCAAUCAUCAUUCAGCCUACGGAGACAACCAUGUAUGUAACGCCAGGGUCGUCGAUCACACUAAACUGUUCCUGUGAACUCUGUCAGCCGCUGACCGAAUACAUCUGGACCACUGAGUUAGCCACCUUCGAAAGCAAUCCGAAGCACACGAUCGAUAACAUACGUGUUUCACUGGAUAAUGAUCAAUCCCGGAACGCCGUACGGUAUCUGCUGACCGUGGAUAACUUCCAGCCACAAAACGUGGCCAGUUAUACGUGUAUCUUCUCCAAUCAGCACGGUGCCGACGCGAUGAUACUACAGCUGCGUAUGAUGGUGGCACCGGAGCUGGAGUCUAUGUUUCUGGAUGCUGAGCCAAUACCGGACUCGGGCAGGAUACAGAAGAAAGCCGGUACCAAGGUAUCGUCGCUCAGUUGCGAUGCCAACGGUUUACCUGAACCGACUGUGCAUUGGUUCCGAAACGGUGAACGUUUGGUCACGAACGAACUGCUGCAGCUGGAGAACGAUAACAAAACGCUCAGCUUCCUUGUGCCCACGUACAUCCCGGAUAUCGCAGGACGCUACGAGUGUACGGCAACAAAUCCGCUCGGGAGUGUUUCUUCGACAUUGGACCUACAAGUAGGGGUUGCACCUAAAGUUUUCGAUCAACCCAUGACGGCACUAAGUAGUAAAGUUGGAGAUCAAAUCACGAUGCAGUGUAACAUCACGGGAACACCCGAUCCAACGAUACGCUGGGAACCUGAGGCUUCGUUCAAGGAUGUUACCAAGCCAAUGCAGCGCCUGCUUGUGUCUUACGAAACGGCUGGUGUUUACCGCUGUACGGGGACCAACGACUAUGGCACGGCGGAGCAAUCGUUCACUCUCGACACAUAUGGGCCACCGGAAAUCAAGGGUGCUCUCGAUGAAUCCGUACAACUGGGUUUAGGUCAGAAUACACAACUGGAAUGUUUCGGAUGGGCUAUACCAGAGCCAACAAUAUCCUGGACAUUCAACGGUAUGCCCAUUGAGAGCGAUACACCGGGUGUUACCGUCAGCGAUGCGGGACUUCAAAUUUGGAACAGUAGCUACAAUCACAGUGGCGUAUACGGUUGUAAUAUACAGAACGAGCAUGGUUUGCAACAGAAGAUCUUCUACCUGGCCGUAAGAGAUCCUCCAAAAAUUGAAUCCGUGCUAGACUCGCAAGUAACUAUCCUGCCUAAUGAAUCGAUGCGAUUUGAGUGUACCGGUACUGGAAGCCCUCCACCGAAUGCUUCCUGGUUGUUCAACGGAACCACCCUGGUUGAUGGUCCGCUGCUGGUGCUGCCGUAUGAAAAUGCUACAACCGGCACCUACACCUGCCAACUCGAGAGUACCGAAGGCACCGAUCGACGGAACAUGUUCAUCAAUAAGUUACGACCACCGCAACGACUGCCGGAUGAUAGUGACUACACUGCCACUGGUCUGACACCGCUCAAAGCUCGAGCUGAUGAGCCAUUGAUCCUGCUGUGUCCCUUCGAAAACUACAAAAGCCUUCUUUGGCAGCUGAAUGAGAAAGGGCUCGAAGAGCAUUUCGACCUAAGCGACGUGAAGUUAAAGGAGAACCUGCUUAUCAUCGACCGACUAAGGGCACAGCACGAGGGUACAUACACGUGUGUGGUGCAGAAUCGUGCCGGUACGGAUCGGCAUUCGUUCAUGGUAGCCGUACUUACACCGCCCGCGAUACUGCGGAUGCAUCCGGAUGAGCUCAGCGAUGAGUAUGGUGCCGGGGUAUCUGAAUGGCAACCGGACGAACCGAUUGAAAGUGCGGUCGAGGUCAAUCUGCUUUCUGGCGAAACACUGCAGUUGCUGUGCCAGGCAAGCGGUACGCCGGAACCGAGCAUUCAUUGGAACCGACGCGAGCAGAUGGUUUCGGCUACGGCCAAUCUCACUAUCCCACAGGUGGACCUACAUCAUAGCGAUCUGUACGUGUGCGUGGCUGAGAAUGAGCUCGGCAAAUCGACUCAGGCCUAUCGGUUGGAUGUCAUGACGGCACCGCAGUAUUACGAUGAACCGGUACGCUCGAUCGAGCUGUUUGUUGGAGAUGAUCUCGAGCUGGACUGUACGAUGCAGGCCAAUCCAUCGGCCUCCUAUCAGUGGCUGAAGGAAGAAGAAUCUCUGGAUGAGUUCGAAGAGAUAUUGGAGUUCGUGAACGUACAACCGCAGGACUCGGGAAUGUACCAUUGCGACGCAGAGAACGUGUUCGGACAGAAUCGCAAAUCCUUCCAAGUGUUGGUCUAUCAACCGGCCGAAAUAACGUCGUUCACAUCGGACCAGACACUGUUGGCCGGUGAUAGCAUCGAAUUGGACUGUGACGCCCUUGGUAAUCCACUCCCGGUGCUAAGCAUCAUACAUCGGGGCGAAGUACUGGCGUCGACGGCUUUGUUGGACGCAUCGGAGAUGAUCAUGGACCAGAAUUAUCGCGUCAAGAGCAAUACGGAGCACAAGAGUAGCCAGCAGGGCUCUCGCGCUAGUGCUAGUUUCCACGCUCAGCGCCGUUCGCCUUUCGAGAUUCGCUUUUCGAUGCGGCAACCGAAUGCCACGCUUCCCGAUCGGGGCAAGUAUCUCUGUAUGGCCCAGAACGCAAUCGGUUUCCAGGAGCGACUGUUUAAGCUCGAUGUCAUGGUUCCACCGUAUGUGCAGUUGGAAAAACUGAAGUUGGAUGGCAGCACGAUCCAACUGCUGGAAGGACUGCCACUGUUUCUAUUCUGUCCCAUCGACGGUAGCCCGCGGCCGACCAUCGGUUGGUAUCGCAAUAGCAAGCGCCUGAAACAGAGCAGUUCCACGCUCUUCCUGUCCAGUGUCAGCCAGCGCGACGCCGGAACGUAUCUCUGCUAUGGCGAGAAUCCCAUCGGCAAGACGGAGUUACAGUACGAGCUGGACGUGUUGGUACCGCCGGCCAUCAAGAGCAGUAGAAUGUCGUCUGAUCGUCAGCGUCCCGAUCAACAGGAAAUAGCCGUGAUGGCAGGCGAAAAUGUAACACUCGACUGCUCUAGCCUUGGCAAUCCGGUACCGGCCGUUUUCUGGAUGAAGGUCGACUAUCUGGAUGAGCACCGGAAUGAGCUGCUGGCGGGAAAUCCACAAGAUCCGAGCACCAUCGAACUGCGCAACAUAACACAAACGGUCACAUAUUCUUGUUACGUUAAUAAUACGGCCGGUUCAGCGCAGAAGCUGUAUCACAUCGUUGUUCAGACGGCCCCGACGUGGAAAGAUGGGCCGGAUUACGACUACGAGUAUCGGCAGCGUGUUUCGUUGCACCACAGUUUAGACUUGAGCUGUGAGACCGAUGGAUCUCCGGAAGCAACUGUUCGUUGGGAAAAAGAUGGCGUGCAGUUGGGAAAGCACGACGAGGGAUACUACUUCGGUACGAAUGGUCACACGCUCCGUUUACUGGCUGCCAGACUGUCCGAUGCCGGAAUGUACCGCUGCGUGGCUAGCAAUCCGUUGGGCCAAGUGAGCCGCGAGUUUGAGGUGACGAUCAAUGUGCCCGUAAGCUGGUCACCGUGGGGUUCGUGGUCUUCGUGUAGUGCCACGUGUGGAACCGGUACCCAGUUCCGGUCACGCAUCUGUCUGCUGCUGAACGGUUCUCCGGCGCAGGGUGACCAGUUCGCCUGUGUUGGCGAGAAUGUGCAGGUUCAACCGUGCGAACUGUUGGCCUGCCCGGUGAACGGUGGUUGGAGUAAGUGGAGCGAGUGGAGUAACUGUUCCCUGGACUGUGUCGCCGAGUAUGAGGGUGUCCGGUCAAUACGGCAACGUAGCCGAAAGUGUAACUCACCGGUGCCAUCCCUUGGUGGUAAACCGUGCGUAGGGGAGAGUUAUGAGGAGGAACCGUGCCGCGUACGGUACUGCCCGAUCCAUGGAGGCUGGACACCUUGGUCUAACUGGACAGUCUGCAGUGAGGCGUGUGGUUUUGGUCGCAUUAUGCGCCUGCGAAGCUGCUCCAAUCCCAUACCACGACACGGUGGCCUAGCCUGCGAGGGUCAGGAAAGUGAGGUCAGGAUAUGCAAACAGCAGGAAUGUAACGUUGAUGGUGGCUGGUCCGCUUGGGGACCUUGGACACGCUGCAGUAAAUCGUGCGGCACUGGCGUCAAGAGCCGGAAGCGGUACUGCAACAACCCGGAACCGAAGGCAGGUGGAAGGAUGUGUGCCGGAGAGAACACGGAGAUCGCUCCCUGCAGUACGAAACGUUGUCGAAAUGAUGCUCUACUCAGGACGAUCGAUACGAGUGCGGCCGGACGGCGCAACUUUACACCGUUGGUAAUGUACGAAUCGAAUAACGGUGGUCCUCCUGCGGGCGUAACAUCCUCGCACAACGAUCGACAGUCACCGGAUACGGACAGUGCAGACUACGCUAGCGCAUCGGGUGAGGAUCGCAAUGAUAUCCAGGUGGUGCGUAACUACCAGUUUGCCGAGGCACCUCCGGUCGAGUACGUGGACAUACCGCCACCGUUAACAUAUGGCAUCAAGGUGACGCUAACCAACAGGGCUCAGCUAUCGAACGACACCGUAGAAUACAAUCUGUUCUUUGGUGAUCGUACUCUGGCACCACCAACGGAGAUCCAGUGUCCGCAGGGAUACGAGUACAAUGUAACCAUGGGUGACUGCAGUGAUGUGGACGAGUGCUCCAGCGGAAACUAUUGCCAAGGUUCCGCUGCCCAGCUGUGCGUUAACACAAUCGGUAGCUAUGAGUGUCAAUGCGCCCCAGGAUAUCGUGCGGCAUGGUACGAGCGGGACACGGAAGCAGAUCCUGCCGAUGCGGAGCUUCACUGCAUCGACAUUAACGAGUGCCGUGAGCAGGUGCACGAGUGUUCACAUUUCUGUACCAAUGUGCCCGGCAGCUACCUAUGUUACUGUCCUGAGCAAUACCAUCUAACGGCGGACGGUCGCACGUGUACGAUCAAGCGGAAACGAAAUGAACCGAGUGGACGACUGAUCGGACCACGGUGCCCUGAUGGUUUCCGUUGGCUCGAAAAUCGCUGCCAGGAUGUGGACGAGUGUGAACUGCAGGCGGACGAGUGUGGCGAUAGUUUGUCCUGUUUGAACACCCGUGGUUCGUACUUGUGCGUACACACGGCCUGUCCGCCCGAAUAUGAGCAGGACUAUGAGCGUGAAACGUGCUACCUAAACUGUACCCGUACUCCGUACGAUUGUCCGGAUCGAGCGCUCGUUGGGCAAACGUUGUCCCAUCUGAUCAUCACACUGGAGCGUUUCAAUCAGCGCCAAUCACUAGCCAUCGUUUCGAUUCCGGCGGAUCAACAAACGAUCGCUUACGAUACAAGCUUCUACUUCCGCGAUCGACAGCACGCGCACAUUUUCACUUUCGAAACGGUACGUAAAACGUCGGGUGCCGUGCGACUGUUUGCGAACCGGAAACUACAGCGUGGCCGUUUCUAUAAGCUCCACCUCACUGCCAAAACCAUCGGCCGGAAGACAAGACGCGUCGACUAUGUACACGAUUUCAUCGUUUACUUGCAUUGGCUCGAGUGAGCGAGCUGCACACUCCCGUAGAAUCCAUCUUUGCAACACGAAACCAAUUGGAAUCACGAAUAAAAAACCAAAGAAUGUAACUUUAAACGUGUUGCAGCUGCCGCAAAAAUUUCACGCUAUCUUAUCUAACACAAUAGAAAUACAAUAAAGUACCGUUUUGGGCAGCAACAUCAAGCGUUGGUUUGGUAAUUUUCGUUUUUAGAAUUGAACUAAGGAUGAUGGCGAACGGCUGCACGAAAAGAAAACUAAAUUAGCAA